GUCAUAAAGCGCGGCAGAAUCGGAGCAGUCUUUGCAGCGAAGGCACAAACAAGCAGUUUUCGAUGUGAACUUCCCCGAGGUAGCCGGUGUGCAUCGUUCUGGACAGUGAGUUAGCGCGUUUGGAAGCAUUUUCUCCGUGUUCGGGACCGUGUACGGCAAGCUUUUGUUUGCUCAGUGUGGAAAAUGGACCCACCGGUGGCGAAUAAGGGAAGGGUCCCGUUAACAAACGUUUCGAAUACUGUUAACCCACGAGGAUCUAAAGUGAACAUAAUGAGCGAUGAGCUGUUGGAAGAACAGUGUAGAGGAGGUCUGGCUCGUGGAAACGACGAUACGUUCUUCUUGUUCCGCAAAGACCCGCAAAAGGCAUCAGCAGGAGAGGAAAAUCCCUUCGAUUUGCUGUCGGAUGAAAUAAUUCUACACAUCAUGAAAUGGCUACCGAAAAAGACACUGAUCAGCUGUAGCCUAGUAAACAGACGGUUCUACCGCGUGGCCAAGGAUGAAACGCUUUGGUACCGGAUGGAUCUUAGCAAUCGAACGCUGCAGUACCACGGAUUGGCCGAGGUGCUCAGUCGAGGCGUCAUUGUGCUGCGCCUGGCCCAAACCAAUAUCGCCAACCCGAUGCUGUACCGGUGUCUAGACUUUCCGGAAGAGCUGAAGGUGCAGUAUUUGGAUCUCAGCAUGUGCACCAUCAGUAAAGCGGCCCUGCAUGGGCUGCUAUCGAACUGCCGGGAGCUGGUAAAGCUAAGCCUGGAGCACGUUCCGCUAAAUGAAGCGAUUUGCGUGGAAAUAUCGAAAAAUCAACGGCUCGAAACACUGAACCUCACCAUGUGUUCCGGCAUCGAUUCCCGCGGGUUACAGUUCAUGACAAAGCUGCUAACCAAACUGCACAGCUUGAACGUGAGUUGGACGAACCUCAACGCAAAUGCGGUUCGUGAUCUGGUACUUUAUCUAACACCAAACAUCGUGCACCUAAAUGCAGCCGGAUGCCGAAAUACUAUGACUGAUGAAAAUGUGUCCAUUCUAAUGUCACGCUGCCAAAAGCUGGUGGCUUUGGAUCUAUCCGACUGCACACUUCUCACGGAGCACGCCAUCACAACGCUAUGCAAAGCUCGUAAGCUCGAGUACCUGUCGCUGUCGCGGUGUUACAACAUCCCUGUAACGGCCUACUUGCAUCUUUGCUCAGUUAAAACACUAAGGUUUCUAGAUCUGUUUGGCCUAGUGUCCGACCAGGCCAUCGAGACGCUUAGACACUCGCUGAAAGACGUCGGUAUCAAUAAGUAUUAUCACAGUUCCGUUGCGCGACCAACUGUUGGCACCAAAAGAACCUCGAUCUGGGGUCUCCGGACGCGUGAUUAAUGCGUGUUGUGAUGGGUUGGCAGCUUACAUAUUUGAAGCAAAUGUAUGAUAAAUAGAAAUCCGACCGAUAUGAUGAAGUAACGAAAAUGCAAACAGAAGACUAAAUCGCAAAUCCAAUUCCGAUUAGUCAAGAUACAUGUACGUUUUAUUCUGUCGCAAAA